AUGAGUGGACGUCUCGACUUGACCCAGGGUCAGCUGACGGCCUUGAUUAACGAACGGAUUGCUGAAGCCUUAGCAAUCCAAUCAGGGAGUCAACCCGUGCACCCUCAAACACGCAUGGGCACCUUCAAGGCGUUCCUAGAAUGCAAACCCCCCACUUUCGAUGGCACUGGAGGGGCAAUCAGCCUUCUACACUGGAUCCGAAGAAUUGAAUAUACAUUCGAGGAAAGUGAAAGCCCUGCCAGCAAACGAGUAGAGUACGCUACUGGCAUGUUGCAAGGGAAAGCGUAUUCUUGGUGGAACGCACAAGUUCAGAUGCUCGGGUUGGCAGACGCGAAUGCCAUCCUCUGGAGCGACUUCAAGGAUUGGAUUAAGGAAGAAUUCUGCCAUCUGGACGACAUUCUGGAACUGGAAAUAGAGUAUUAUGGUUUGAAGAUGGAAGAAUCAGAGAUUGAGGCGUACACAAAGAGGUCCAACGACUUGGCUGCCUUAUGUCUUAACAUGUCACAACCUAUAUCUAGGCGAAUCAAGCUAUACCUCAGAGGCUUAUUCCCGGAAAUCCAAGGGUCUGUGAGUGCGGCCAACAUUCCCACAAUCCAGCAAGUCGUUCGUUUGGCGCACCAACUCACCGAUCAGGCGGUGGAAGAGGGCAAGUUGCCCAAGCGUAGCUCUUCCAAUGCAAAUGCUCUUUUUAGUAACAGGUAUAUUUGGGGUGAUGACCAAGGUGAGGGUCCUAGCUCUAUACGAUGGGAACCACACAGGAAACUCGGGUUAAACUAG